UCAUAACAUGUCUGCAAAAGAUGUUCUUUUUUUCCAAUUUUUUUUUUUACAACCACUGACUCCACGUACAAUAAGUCCCAGCCCAUCUGAAUGUUUUCAUUGCAGCAGUAUUUAAAUCCAAUCCAAGGUCUCUCUCAUCCUCACUCUGCAGCGGAUUAUUCUUCCUCAACUCCUUCCUCACUUUCUGACACUCAUAAUGGCCACAGUUGGUAAGGUAAUCAAGUGCAAAGCAGCAGUGGCGUGGGGGCCCAACAAACCUUUGGUGAUGGAGGAGAUUGAGGUAGCCCCCCCCCAGGCCAAAGAGAUCCGCAUCAAGAUUGUUGCAACUGGGGUGUGCCACACGGACCUGUAUCAUCUUUUUGAGGGUAUGCAUAAAGAUGGCUUCCCAGCAGUCCUUGGCCAUGAGGGAGCCGGCAUCGUAGAGAGUGUCGGGCCAGGAGUCAUUGAAUUUCAACCAGGAGACAAGGUGAUUCCUCUGUUCGUCUCCCAGUGUAGAGAAUGUCGCUUCUGUAAAAGUCCCAAAUCCAACCAGUGUGAGAAAGGAUGGGCUGCUGAUCGUUAUGAUGUGAUGGCAUCAGCAGAAUCCAGGUUUACCUGUAAGGGGAAGAAGAUUCUGCAGUUCAUGGGAACCAGUACCUUCUCUGAGUACACUGUGGUUAACCAGAUGGCUGUGGCGAAGAUCGACCCCGCUGCCCCUCUGGACAAAGUCUGUCUCCUUGGAUGUGGGGUCUGCACAGGAUAUGGAGCCGCGGUUAAUACUGCCAAGGUGGAACCAGGCUCCACAUGUGCUGUGUUUGGCCUUGGAGCUGUGGGCUUGGCUGCAGUCAUGGGCUGCAAGGCUGCCGGAGCCAAGAAGAUUAUCGCUGUUGACAUCAAUCCAGAGAAGUCUGAGAAGGCCAAGGUGUUUGGAGCGACCGACUUUGUGAACCCCAAGGAUCACAGUAAACCCAUUAGCCAAGUGCUGUCUGAGAUGACCAACGGAGGAGUGGACUUCUCUCUGGAAUGUGUCGGGAAUGUGGGAGUCAUGCGCAGUGCCUUGGAGUCCUGUGUGAAAGGUUGGGGUGUCAGCGUGCUGGUUGGCUGGACGGACAUGUACGACGUUACUACCCGACCCAUUCAGCUCAUCGCUGGACGCACAUGGAAGGGCUCCCUGUUUGGAGGAUUUAAGGGUAAGGAUGGUGUUCCUCAGAUGGUUAAAGCCUAUCUGGACAAGAAGGUGAAGUUGGAUGAGUUCAUCACUCACAACAUGACUUUGGCCCAGGUUAAUGAUGCCAUUGAACUGAUGAAGCAAGGCAAAUGCAUCCGGACAGUCCUGAACGUUUCUCCACAGUAACAACGCUGUGUUGCUUUCAAUGACACAAAAAUCAUUUAAUGGCUUAAAGUUACGAUUAACUGAAUCCCAACUCAAUAUUCAUUCCCACAACGUAUGGAGAAAUAACACACAACACUAUGCAGUGGAUGAUGUGCAGUUUGUGAGAAGCAUGAACACUGUUUGCUAAACCUGGCAGGCAGUGUUAGAAUAAUAACUAUAUUAAAGUCCAACUGUAAUCAAAGUUCUUGUCUGCAACAGCUAUUUGUCUGUGUUUUCCUUUGAGAAAAAAUGUGAAUGGUUUUGAUCUUAUCAUCAAACUCAGCAAGACAGUGGACUAGCAUAGUUUCCAAUACGUUGACCUAUUCCUUUAAAGCCUGUUUUUCAACUUUUCUCUUAAGAAGUUAAUACAUCUUGAAAUCUAAUUAAAGCCUGGUGGUA